AUGAGCUCUGCGUUCCCGGACAGCGUGGAAGAGUCCGCGGUGGUGGCCCUGGGGGCCAUGGCGCUGUCUCCGGCCUGGCUGCAGUCCAGGUAUAGGAAGAAUGUCUAUCUUUUCAUCUACUAUUUAAUCCAGUUCUGUGGCCACUCAUGGAUCUUUACGAAUAUGACAGCCAGAUUCUUUUCAUUUGGAAAAGAUUCCCUGGUUGACACUUUUUAUGCUAUUGGACUUGUGAUGCGGCUUUGCCAGUCCAUUUCCCUCCUGGAAUUGUUGCACAUAUACGUUGGCAUUGAAUCAAGCCACCUUCUCCCCAGGUUUCUGCAGCUGACAGAGAGAAUAAUCAUUCUGUUUGUGGUUAUCACCAGUCAAGAAGAAAUACAAGAGAAAUAUGUGGUGUGUGUUUUAUUCAUCUUGUGGAAUCUAUUGGAUAUGGUUAGGUACACCUAUAGCAUGCUAUCAGUGAUAGGAAUCUCCUAUGCUGUCUUGACGUGGCUUAGUCAAACACUCUGGAUGCUCAUAUAUCCUCUAUGCGUUCUCGCUGAAGCAUUUGCCGUCUAUCAGUCGCUGCCUUAUUUUGAAUCAUUUGGUACAUAUUCCACCAAGCUGCCCUUUGACUUAUCCAUCUAUUUUCCAUAUGUGCUGAAAUUUUAUCUCAUGAUGCUCUUUAUAGGUAUGUAUUUCACCUACAGUCAUCUGUAUUCAGAAAGAAGGGAUGUCCUCAGCGUCUUGGCCAUGCAGAAGAAGAAAAUGUAA